CCCUUUUCAAGCAAUCAGUUUACCAUUUGUUUUGUGUGUAUUUGUCUCUUUCUAGUUUGGACCAUAGAAACUAUUUUAGACUUACACCAGGACUGAGAAAAUAUGCCUGUGAUCUCACACUGGAUCCAAACACAGCAAACACUAAACUCAUCCUGUCUGAAGGUAACAAAAAGGCAACGCGUGUUGAAGACAAGCAGUCAUAUCCGGAUCAUCCAGAGAGAUUUGAUCACCAUGAGCAGGUUCUGUGUGGAGAGAGUAUGACUGGACGCUGUUACUGGGAGGCUGAAUGGAGUGGAAUGGAGGUUGUUAUAUCAGUGACAUAUAAGGGAAUCAACAGGAAAGGUGGGAGUGACUGUUGGUUUGGAUACAAUGACAAAUCCUGGAGUCUCUUCUACUCUAAAAACAGAUCCAAUGUCUGUCACAAUAAUGUAAGCAAUACCAUAUCAGCCCCUUCGUCUUGCUCUAAUAGAGUAGGAGUGUAUCUGGACUGGUCGGCCGGCACUCUGUCCUUUUACAGCGUCUCUGACACACACACACUCACACACUUACACACAUUCAACACCACAUUCACUGAACCCCUCUAUACUGGGAUUGGGGUUUAUGGCUCAUCUGUGUCUCUUUGUCUUUAUAACUGAAUUUAACACUGCAAAUUCUGAGCAGCUGUGUGUUGGUAAAGAGUGCUGCAUUUUGCUCAAACCCUGAUCAAACUGUGUAUUUCCUUCUGCACUGGCACUAAACUCUGGAGGACAGUGAACUUUGGUGA